CCCUCCCGGCGCGGCCCCGCCCCCUGAGCCGGGCCGGGCCGGGCCGGGCCGCGGGGCCAUAAAGCGGCGGCGGCGGCGGGACCCGCUGCCGGUGCCCUCCCGGUGCCGCUCCGCCCCGCCAUGGCCGUGGCCCAGCGCAGGCUGUCCGUGGGGCUGGGGCUGGCCGGGCUGGCCUGCGCGCUGCUGGGGGGCUGCCUGCUGCUCCUGGGGCCGCUCAUCGUCCGGCAGCAGGUCAUCAAGAACGUCAGGAUCGACCCCAGCAGCAUCUCCUUCCAGAUGUGGAAAGAGAUCCCUGUUCCUUUCUACUUGUCAGUGCAUUUCUUUGAGGUGCUGAACCCCAAGCAGGUCCUGAGGGGAGAGAAGCCGGUGCUGAGGCAGCGUGGGCCCUACGUGUACAGGGAGUACAGGUUUAAAACGAACAUCACAUUCCAUGACAAUGACACCGUUUCCUACCUGGAGUCCCGGCACCUCUUCUUCCAGCCAGACUUGUCCAAUGGCACGGAGGACGAGUACAUUGUUGUGCCAAACAUCAUGAUGAUGGGAGCAGCUGUGAUGGUGGAAAAACUGCCAGGUUUUGUGAAGUUUUUACUGAGUGGAGCCCUGGCUACCCUGAAGCAGGAGGCGUUCAUGAACCGGACAGUGGGGGAGAUCAUGUGGGGCUAUGAAGACCCCCUGAUAGAUGCAAUAAAUCUUAUUGUUCCUGGCCUGCUCCCUUUCAAGGGCAAGUUUGGAUUAUUCAUGGAUUUCAACAACUCCAACUCGGGGCUGUUCACAGUACACACGGGCAUGAAGAACAUCAGUCAGGUUCACAUGGUGGAUUCGUGGAAUGGGCUCAAGAAGGUGAACUACUGGAGGAGCAGCCAGUGCAACAUGAUCAACGGCACAGCGGGGGAGAUGUGGCCACCCUUCAUGUCCCCAACCUCCCUGCAGUUCUACAGCCCUGAUGCCUGCAGAUCCAUGACACUGGUGUACGAGCAGUCUGGGCAGUUCCAGGGUGUGCCCACCUAUCGCUUCGUGGCACCCAAAACCCUCUUUGCCAACGGCACAGACUAUCCACCCAACGAGGGCUUCUGCCCCUGCAUGCAGUCUGGCAUCCAGAACGUCAGCACCUGUAGGCUCAAUGCGCCGAUGUUCAUUUCCCACCCUCACUUCUACAACGCUGACCCAUCCCUGGUGAAUGCAGUGGAAGGCCUGCACCCCAGCAAGGACCAGCACGGGCUUUUCCUGGAUGUGCACCCCAUGACAGGCAUCCCCAUGAACUGCUCCAUCAAGCUGCAGCUGAACCUCUACAUAAAGCACGUGCCUGGCAUCACUCAAACAGGGCAGAUUAAGCCGGUGGUCCUGCCGCUGCUGUGGUUUGCAGAGAGUGGAUCCAUCGAAGGCUCAGUGCUAAAGCAGUUCUACACCAACCUGGUGCUGCUCCCUUCAGUGCUGGACUACGUGCAGUACAUCCUCCUUGGCCUGAGUGUCCCACUCAUUGUCUCAGCAGCUGUCCUCAUGGCAAUGAGGAAGGUAAGAAUCUGCAGGUGCCUGCUGGGGAGUGCUGCCAGUCCAAUCAGACUCAAUCAGAGGAUGUAGUUUGAGCUGACAAUCUAACCUGUCUGAGGAAACAUUGGCUGAUGCCACCAACAAUCUCCUAGUGGUGCCAGGUGCCAGCAGGUAGCAGCAGGACUUCCUUAGCCAUCUAGAAACUGGGCUGCAAAUAGAUCACACGAAGCAUUUCUGGCAUCUUUAGUGCACAGCAGUGAUGGAAGUGGCUUCCUGGAGGAGGAGGUAUUUCUCAGCUAAUGAAGAAACAAUCCUAGUUUAUCAACCCAGCCUCCAUAGAAGGCAGCAGCAGGUCUGUGCUGUUGCACAGAUCUGUAUCUCUGCAGGGUCCCAGCAUUUUUCCAGUCAGAACAGAGCCUUCUCCAGAGGAUGGAGCUAUCUGAGCACAGCCUGUUAGGGGAAAUGCAGUUGCUGUGUUCCUGCAGAGGGGACACAGCCACUGUGGCUGCUUCUCAGCCCAGCACAGAUUCUGUAUUUCCUUGAAAUGCCCUUGCUGUGCAAACUGCUCCAAAGAGCUCUGGAAGUGAAACCCUCAGAGCCUUUGUGGAUCUGGGCUUGCUGAGAAGUGAAGACCUUUGAAGCCUGCUGGCAGCCGGGCUGUGGGGCAGGCAGUGGGGUGAGGCUGGGCUGAGCUGAGCUGUCAGGACUGACUGUGACACAGCCACUCCGUGCAGAUCUGUGGCUCUGGCUCCACGGUGAUCUGGUAACACUAAGCUCUCUGCCAGCUUCAGCUCUGGAAGCAGGGAUCUAACAUCCUACCCCAGCCCCAUAUCAAAGGAAGGUGAUUUAGCUUUGCACUGCAGCCAGGUGGCUUAGGCUGGCUCUAAAGCUGCAGAGGUGAAGAGAGGCAGUUUUGGGAUGAGAGCAGGCUCGGGGGGAGCCUGUGUGAGGGGCUGCCUCUGCUCAGGUGGCUCCUGCCCUUCCUGGAACACCGAUGCAAACCCACCUUAAACAGUGCCAGGGUUCUCGGAGUAGCACGUAAUUGGAUUUUAAUCAAGUCUACAAUUACUUAAGUGACUUAAACACAUGAUCCCAAAUCCCCUUGUUCCUCCACACACUUCCCUGCAGGGUGGGAGUGAUGCUAGGGCCCAGCAUGGAGCCCGGAGCUCACCACCAAGCCCUUACUGUGCUCCCAGCAUGGUCCUGGGGUGAAUGCUCCCCUUCAGCUCACUGAGGGGUUGCUGGCAGGCAGGCUGCACUCUGCUGCGUGAGCCCAGGGGCUCUGAAAAAGGGCUGGGCAGUUGUUUCUAACACCUUAUGCAGCCCUGAGCUGGCAUUUCCUCAGCCUGCUUUGUGCAAGUCUUAAUUCCUGGUAUCAAAGAGGUUUAACCAUGCUAGAAAGGGUCAGGGAGAAAAGCUGGAUUUUUACUCAUUGAAGCCAGCUGAAUAUCUGCUUGUGAAAUAUCCCAAACCCAGGCGUAAGCCAGCUGUAUUUCUGUGCUCAGCCAAAAGAGUCAUGAAGUGUUAGAACUAAAAAUCAACUG